AUGAAGAUAAUAUGGACUAUUCCAAUAUUAAUUUUACACAUUUAUCGUGAGUAGUAGAAAUUAAAAUUAUUGUUAUUAGUCUUAAUUUAUAUUUAUUCAAAUUAUUCAUAAUGAUGUAGUUAGAUAUAUAUAAAUAUAUAUUGUAGUCUAGUAGCUAUAGUAGAUAUACCAAUUAAUACUAAUUUUAAAUUAAAUAGGUACCUACUUACUAAUUAAUGGUUCCCUAAUGGCUAAUACUUCCAACUUUUAGUCUAACCUAACCUAGCUACUUUUUAAUUUUACUUAAACUUGUCUAAGUAUCUUAUAAAUAAUUAGGUAGGUAUAUUGUCAUUAUUAUAAUUUGUUAAGAAUGGUCAAAAAAUAAUACACCUAUUUGUUCAAUAAUAUUUUGUUUAAUACGCAAGUAGAUAAAUAGGUACAAAAAACCAGGUACCUACUUAUACUUCAAUAAAUUAAGUGUCCAAUGGAUAAAGUACCAAGUACUAAGUAUCCAGGUACCUAUAUGGAUAAAACAAGAUUGUAUUUUGGAUUAAAAUGGUUAAAAUUAAUAUGGUUUACAGUGGAUGGGAGGUAAUCGCGUAAAAUAUUAGACCUACUCUAGGUAUCUUAUGUUUGAGUCUUACAGAAUUCAGAAUAGACAAUGUACCCUAGGUUCAUUUAUUUGUUACGUAUUAAAAUUCAAUAUAAACGUAUCUAGGUAUAAAUUUCUGGAAACUUAAUCAAUUUAAUGAUUUAAUAAUAUAAUAUGGUUAUAUUAAUUUGUAUUACCUACACACUUUUUAACCUACCGCAAAACCUAUGUCUACAAAAAUAUAAUAUUAUGAUUUGUUUUAUUUUGAGCGUAGGUUAGGCGAUGUAUUUUUUAUUUUUUUUUGUGUGUGUCUGAACAACUUUAAUUCAUGUAAAGAUUAGUGAAUUUUGGUAGGUAGUUUUUUUAUAAACGUUUUAAAUUCAUAUUUUUAUAAAAAUCGUAAAAUUAAGUCAUUUCGCAUACUUCUAGAUUUAUGACGAUAUAAUUUUUUUUAAAUGUUUGAAAAUUGAUCACGAGAUUCAUUGUAAUUUGUAUUUGUUGGAAAAAGUGGUUGAGCAUCAUGUGGUAGUUUUUUUAUAAGCGUGAUUAAUGGUCAUUUUUUAAAGUAGUUUUCAUAAAAAUUUGGAAAAAACGUAGGAAAAAUGGGAAAAUUGAAGUACCAAAUGUAUAAUUUUCAAUUUUUUUUUUUGUUAUAAUUCAGUUUAAAAUGUUCGUAGAAAUUUCAAAAUUAGAUAGAAAAUUUAUAAUUGCAAAACAUUUUAGUAAUUUUUAAACUAUUUAUAGACUAUUUAUUUAUAUUUUGCGAGUUUUUACGUAAUUUUUAUUUGGUGGGUACUCUGUGGAUUAAAUAAUUGUUAGACCAAACAGAAAUGCUUGAAAAUCUAACAGGAUGUUCAUUUUAAGUCUUAUUUGUAGUAAAAAAAAAUUGACUGUAAUGCACAAUUUUUUUUAUAAGAAAUUUUAUAUCAGUUUUGGCGAAAAUCGUAAAUAUUAUGGCCUUUCAAAAUAUGUAUAACCGAACUCCGCUCAGAAUCGUUUGUUAUUAGUAAUUACUAAUCUAUGCAUAUAAAUAUACAUAUAAUUCCGUUUCCACAUCCUACCCUCUCAACUUCUGACUGACAAUUAAUAUAGGGGCUUAUUCACCGUGCGAAGUAUAUCCGUCUUUUUUAACACUGGAAUCGUAUGCACGAUAUUGAGGGUUGAAAUAGUUUUUAUGACUAAGGUAUACUCUAUCAAAUUAAUACGAGCAUUAUGAAUAUUGAAUACACAAACAACUUAUAGUUGCAAAUUUGCUAUAAAUUUAGUACAGGUUUAUACUUAAAUUACGCGUAAAUUAAAUAAAUUAUAAUAUAAUAUAUUAUUAGGGAUUUAUUAUUUUAAAUUCUAUUUUCAGGUAUAACCGGUUCCCAUUUAAAAGAUGAAUACAAUCAAUAUUCAUUUUACCAGAAGAGACCUUUAAGUCCUAGACCGUUGGACGCAAUGACAGAUUUAACUAAUGACCUUGGAGUUUGCGUCUUGCGGGUACGCAGUAAUUUAACACGUGACGGUUCGCUUGGCAACCGGAACUAACAAUAAUAAUAUAAAAAUCAUCUUUUUCUCUAUAAGUUGUAUAAAAAAUGUUUACUUUUUGUAAAUAAUUUAAGUAAUUUUAUUAAAUUAUUAUUAAUAAUACAUAAAUAUUAAAAAAUAAAAUUUGAAUUAAUUUAAUGUUCUUACUAAUAUUAUAAAUUUAAAAGUUUGUUUGGAUGGAUGUUUGCAUCCCUUCACGUCAGAACUAAAGAAAAAUUUAGCUGAAAUUUUAUUUCUAGACUAACUUUUUUAACCCUUAAAUGGGAGGGGACUAGAGGAUAAUUGCUAUAUUUGGUACGAAAAUCGAAUUAUUUUCGUCGGCUUAUGGAUUAUCUUUGAUGAUAUUUUAUUACUGGUUUUGGCAAAACCUCUACACUCUACAGUUUACAUCAUUAAUUCUUCCAUUUUAGCUGUAUGCUGUACCUAUAUUUAAUACGCAAAUAAAAUUAUAAAAAAAGUACAAGAUAAUAUACUAAAAUAUUAUUUUUAAAAAGUCUACAUUUCGUUAAAAAUAUAGGUUUCGUUAUAUUGCUGUAUAUAUGUACAAUAACAUAGGUAUUUAUGGAUAUAGCAUAUGUUUAAAUUUUAAACUAUACCCAUAAUGAUACUAGUCAUUUAAUAUUUCAAUGAAACAGAUAAUAGCUGCUGGUGGUACAGUUGGAAAUAUUGCGUUUUCCCCUUUUGGUUUAAUGGCAGUAUCGGUUCUUCUUUAUGAAGGCUCGAGUGGAUAUAGUGCCCUGCAAAUAAAACAAUCCCUUAAUUUACCAUGGGAAAUCCUUGCUGUCAGAAUUGGAGUUCGUGAUUUAAAUCGCUAUCUCAAAGUAAAUAUUAUAAUUUUUGUUAUAAUGUUUUUUAUUAUAGAUUGAAAUUAUUUAAAUGUUGUUCUGUAGACAUAUUUCAAAAGUGAUGGAUUUUUGAAUGGCCUAACUAUGAAUAGGGAAGAAGUUUGCCUUAGACCGCAAUUUAAACGAGUACUUCGACUUUAUGGUUUUGAUAACCCCAAUAACUUUUUAGUUGAUUCGUGUCCUGAAAGUUCUACAACAACAACAACAACAACGCAACCAAUGCCACCUAUGUCUGUUACUACGCAAGGCACUGUACUUACAGAAAUGACUCCAACUAGCCAAGUCAUUCAAAUAUCAACUAACAUUACGAAUGGAUCAGCUAGUGAAAUAUCCACAGUAGCAACCGAGUUUCCAGCUAAAGUAACUUAUUUGGGUGAUGCGAGUUUCACCAUUUCUAAUAUCAAUACAAACGUUACAAGUACGAGUCCAUCGAUGAAUUCUCAGACAGACACUAUGGUGGUUGAUAUCGAAACGCAACCUCAUAUAAAGCCAAUAGAAUCGUCAACAAACCAACAAAGGAUUACAGAUUCAAUCAACGAAGAAGAAUCUAAAUCAUCAAAUGAAAAAGAAUUCAUAAGUAAAAAACCAAACGAGUCAAUUACAAAUAUCAGCCCACCGAUGAAUUUCCAGACAGACACGAUGAUGGUUGAUAUUGAAACACAGUCUUAUACAAGGCCAAUCGAAUCUUCGACAGACCAACCAGGGAUUACAGCUUCGAUUGGCAUUGAAGAACCUAAAUCCUCAAAUAAUAAAAUAAAAGUCAUCAAUGAAAAAUUAAAUAAUUCAUUUAUCUCUGAGACAUUUGUUGAUAGUACAACUCCGAUAAUUUCAAAUACAAUGACGGCUGCAGCUACUGUGACUCAAGUUAUGAGUACGGACUAUAACAGAAACACAAUAAAUUCUAAAGCCGAAAAGAUAAUCGAUAUGACAAGUGUGUUAGAUACUAACCCUAUAGAAACUACUACUUCUACAACACAGUUGUACAAAAAGACAACUGACAUUACAUUUAAUACAACUUCAAAUGUAGACAUUUUAGACGCCGGAAAUGCAACUAUUUUACCAAGUAAUUCGUAUGUUACGUCUACGAAAAACGAACCUGAUAAUACUAUCGUGCCGUCUACAGAAAACACUCUACAAACCAUUUCUGACGAAACUACGAACAUGAUGAAUGAUCAAUACGCUCUUCUCGAAAAUAUGGUGGAAACUAUGAUGUCUACAACUAAUAAACUAACCACAGGUACAGAUGAAACAACACAAAGUAUGGAUACCAGUAGUACAAUAGAAAUAAUUCCGUCUACAAAAACCAUAUUUAACGACGAUAGCUCUGCAACUAAAGAAUUUCAAACUAACAUAAUUCCUAUAACAAGCACUGAUCAAACAACGUCGUUCACUAAAUUUGAAUUGAAUAAUAAUGAUAUAAUAACAGUUAAUGAAAAUGUUUUAUCUACGACCGUAAAUUCGACUAAUGUGACUGAAAAUGAAAUCAUAAAUGAAGCGGAAUCCAAUCAACAUUUUCAAAUAGCGUUUUUAGACAAAAAGACCGCACGAUCUAUGGCAUCUAAUGAUUUACCUAAUUUCAACGUAGAAUUUGUGGUAAGAAAAGAAGAUACUCAAAUUGACUGCAAUCGAACUCAAAAAAAAAAUGUUAUUAAACCUGAUAGGAUUUUAACGGAAUAUCCGAAUAAUUCUGGUAUUUCAGUUAAGCUAAGAGAAUCGAAGAAACGCAGGAGAAGAUACUUGGAACAGUGUAAUUUUUAAAAAAAACUUUAUUAGAUACGUGUAUAACUAUGUUUAAAACUUAUUUUGAUCAUUUUUACAUUAAUCAAAUUUUGUAGAUCAUGGAUAUAACUCAAAUUUAUUUACCGGAUAUAGAACCGAGUAUGGACCUCCAUCUGGAUGGAUCGACAGGUCAUCUGACCCGUUUUUUGAGUCGAAGAAUUUUUUUAAUGCUGGAUACCGACGUAUCCCAUAUUUUACGUAUACAGCUGUAUUGCCUUUUGGAUUUAUUUUCGAAUUGAAGUCACGAGUUAUUGAAAUACCUUUAGAUGUAAGUUUAUAAUUGUUCUUAAAUAUUUAACAAGUAAUUUGAUUUUUAAUUAUUUUGAGAUAGAUAGAUAGUAUACGUAUCUAACCUCAAUGGGCCAUAAUAUGAUGUUUAGUUGAAAAAAUGUGAUACACCAAGCUCAUACUGGUGGAAAGUCCAGAUGGGUAAUUCUAAUAGGCAUAUGGUAUUGUUUCUGAUAGAUGGAAGAACUCACCUUAUAAUUGACAAUAUUAUUAUCUCUGUGAAAGGGGAUCAGAAUACUUCCAUUGUACCUUUCCACGGUUCAUCUGUCGUAAAAGACGAAAAAUGAGGUUGCGUUAUAUCGGUAACCGAUGUAAAAUUCUAUCAAACAGUAUGAAGAGUUCUAAGCAAGAUUUGGGAUAGAUAAUCUCAUCUCAGAUAUGCGCGUAGAGUAUAGGCGAGAAGAGGUACCAUAGUGCAUGAUGUUGGCAGAUAAUAUAACUUUAAUAGGAAAAAAUCUGGAAGACGUUAGUAAUAGGCUUGAAUAAUGGAGAGUAGCACUUAAUGAAAAGAGGUAAGAGACUAAGGAUAAUUAUAAGUAAAAUAGAGUAUAUAGAGUAUGAGUUUGGAAGAACAGGACAAGACAGCUAACUACAAUAAGCGUUGACGUAAUUGGAGAGGUUAAGAGUUUUAAGUACUUAGGAUCUUUUGUAUAAAAGAGCGGUGGCUUUGACGAGGAUAUGAAACAUAGGAUUAAGUGUUGUUGGAUAAAAUGGAGAGAAGUGUCAGGUAUUUUAUGGAACAAGAGAAUUCGAGAUAUAAAGAUAAGUUGUACAAAAGUGUGGUAAUAUUGACUAUAUAGUGACUUUUUAUUAUGUAUCAGCAAUUUUCUCAGAGGAUUUUAAGUGAAUUUGAUUUCAGUUUUUUCUAAAUAAUUGGGAAACGUUUAAGUUUUAUUUUACAACCAUUUUUAAAUUUUGACCUUUACUACAAAUUAUAUCUUAAACGAAUAAAUACUUUUAUUUUUCAAAUCGUUUAUAGCUUAUAAACGAAAAAUCUAAUAUAAGUGUCAUAAUAUAACCUAAUAUAAUCUAAUAUAGUCUAAUAUAAGUGUUAGGCGUAUCAAAAUGUCUAGAAAAAUUUUAUCUAUUAUAAUCUAUGUUCAAAAAGGAGGUUCAUAUUUGAAAAAUAAAAGUAUAUAAAUGGAGACUUAUAUGUACUUAUAUGGAGAUAUAUGAAGUAGGGGUACAAAUUUGAAAAUGGUUUUAAAAGUUAAACGAUACCACAAUGAUUAAAAAAAAAAAAACCGAAAUCGAAUUUACUUAAAAUCUUCCGAGAAAAUUAUUGGUUCAUGAUAAAAAAAAAAUUCCCUCUAUUGAAUAGUUCGGAAUAUAGAUUGGUAGACAGAAAAAUAGAAAAGAUAAUAAUGAGAAUGUUUAGGUAGAUGAGUGGAGUGACGAGAGAAAAUAGGACAAGGAAUGACAGUACAUAAGAGAUAGUUUAGGCAUGACUUUGAUAGUAAACAAAACGAGAGAAAAUAAACUGAGAUGAUUUCGGGCAUGUCAUGAGAUCAGAGAAAUUAAAAGCAGUAAGAGUAAUUUUUACAAUUAUUAUAAUUAAAAUAAACGUAGGAGAAAAGAGAGGGGGAGGAAGACCGACAAAAAAAAGGUGGUUGGAUACGAUUGAGAACGAUAUGAGGAUAGUCAGAGUGUGCGAGGUGGGAGAUUGGGUCAAGUGGAAAUUUAGGAUGAAGGUGAAUGAGCCCAAAUAAUUGUGAUAAAGGUGAAGAAGAAGAAGAAAUGAUUGGUAUAUGUAUUACGCAUACUGUACAUAAAUAUAAGUAUUGGUAUACCUAUACUUUAUAGAUAGGUACAUAAUAAUAUUGAAUUAGCCUAUAUUCUACAUGGAUAUGUAUAUUUAUUUUUAAUUAUAGAAAUAAUAUGGCAGUGUAGUUUACUAGUGUUAAAGUUAAAAAUAUUACUAUAACAUUUAUAAUUAUGUAGUACAAAUUGGUAUAUUCAAACUAAUUUUGUAAUUUCCUGUCACCAUAUUGUUAAGCAAGAAUGGAUAUGAAUUUUGAAGUAAUUGUUAUUGGUGUAGGAGAUAGUGAGGUAUAUUUAUAAAUGUUAGUUAGCAGAUAAAAAAAUCAAAAAUAUGCAAGUAUUUAAACUUUUGAAGACUAAUAUUUACUAGAAAAUCAACUAGCAAAUAUAUAGACAUGUAUUAGAAAACGAAUAUUAAAUUAAAAUCAUUACCUAUCUACUUUUUUUAAUAGAAUAUAAAUAAUUAGUUAUAAAUAAUUAAAAAAAUAAAUAAUUUUUGAUAAAAUUGUUUCGUUUAAUAUAAAGGAUCCCAAAUACACAUUGAUGAUAUUGAUGCCAAACCAUCCAGAUGGUUUAUCCGAGCUGCUGUUGCUGUUACCGACUAUGUCUUUGCGUAAUAUACACAAUUCUCUAAAACCGACAGCUGUUCACGCGACCAUACCUACGUUCAGAUACACGGCCAAAGUGGAUUUGACUUCAGCUUUACAACAGGUGAUUGACCAUCUCGAAACGAUGUAGAAAAAAAAAAUCAUUCAGUUCACACAAUAAAAUAUAAUAUUUUAAUAUAGACACACAUCAUACAUAUUAAUAUUGUGAGUAAUAGGUACGCAAAUUUUUUUUAUGGCAGCAUUCAUUAUUACACCCGGGCAAGCAGACCGUGCAAUUUAGUAGGUAUACGUAUUUACUUGGGUAUCUUCCUUAACCGGUGACUGGUGAAUAGGUUCAAGGGCACAAUCACGUCAAAGACCCCCAGCAGUUUAAUAUAAUACAUAAUCAUCGCGUUAUUGUUAUGAGUGUUAUGACCACAAUAUUUUAUUUGGUAUGAUCCAAAAUAAUAUUAUACGGCCGUUGUCCCGUAUAGGUACCUAAUUUAAGUCAGAUAACAUGUAACCAAUCGUAUUUAUCUAUGUUCGGCUGUAUACCUAGCUAACUUCUUAUUACAACCCUUUUCGAUUUUCAGAUUGGAAUCCAAGACGUAUUCUACAGAUACAGGGCAGAUCUUUCUUUCAUGUCACCCGACGCCAGGUUGUUCGUCAAUUCGCUCCAUCAAGUGGUGUCAGUGACGGCUAAAAAGUACAAUACGCCCCCGAGUAAGUGAUAAAGUGGUGAUAUGAGGUACCCGUACUCCACCAAGUACCAUACCUAUACCUAUAUAGUAUAUAUAAAAUUGUUAUUUAAGAGGAGAGUAAAUUUGGAUUCUGAGGGAAGCGAGAUUUUGAUUUUGGUUUUACAAUGAUUUUUUUGAUCAGUAAACAACAUUUCUACCAGAAAUCGUGUUCUGAUUUUUAAAUGUUGUACCUUUUCUGAAUGGAAAUUUUAUCUGCGUGGUACUGGGUGGUAUCUGGGAGAAUUUUGACUAUAAUCGGUUUUCAUAACAAUUGGGAUAAACCAAAAAAAAACUUGGGGAAACGGGAAAACUUACGAAAUGUAUUAUUAUCAAUUUUGUUUUUUGUCUUGUGAUUCAAUUAAAAAUAUUCAUACAGACUUGGAAUUUGGACAGGAAAAUCAUAUUUGUCUUUUCUAUACGUGGUAAAUCUUUCAAAAUACUUAUUUGAACCAUUUUUGAGCUAUUUAUAGAUAUUUUAAUUUUGUGAGUUGUUUUACGAAAUUUUUAUUCGGAAAAUACUCUGUGGAUAAAAUAAUUUUUAGACCCAAUAGAAGUGCUUGAAAAUUGUACAGAAAGUUCAUAAUAAGUCGUACUUUGUGGUUAAAAAAAAAUCUAAGUGUAGAAUUUUUUUAUAAGAAUUUUAAUAUCAAAUUUGAAGAAAAUCGUAGCGUACAGAUAUACAUUAAAUUCUCUUCUAUAUCCUACAUUUCCAACUUCUCACCUAUAACAAUAGCCCACACAUCGUGCGAAGUAUGUCCGUAUUUUUAUUACUAUAUAACUAUUCACUAUUUAACCAGCCAUACUUAUUAUGAUUAUAACCGUGUGAAAACAGUAAUGCUGCUCUAUCUAUAAGUACACAAGUGGGAAAAUAAAUGACCAUGAAAUAAAAAAUAUUGUGUUUAUAAUAAUAUCCUGCAUCGCCGCCGCCCGUUCAAAAUCUGAUCGCGGACGCGGGUAUCCGCCGCGGUCGGAAAUUGCCGGAAAAACUCUUCACGGCUAAUCGCCAUCGUCCUUCGGCCACGAGUCGUUGGUACGUAUAGAAUAUUAAAAAAUAUGGCCCCGUUGCUGAAACCUCGUCCUAUAGAUAAAUUUUCCGCACGAUUAUCUUCCUCGCGUACAUAAUUUUUGAUUUAAUAUUCCACACUUUGAGGAAACUAUUAUGUAUAGACCUCCGAGUAAAGGCCAAGUAUACAGGUCGGUAAAAAAUUGAAAGUUAUUGCAACACGAGAAUGAUUGACAUAGAUGCACAUACAUUUAGUUAUACCCGAAUUAUUAUGUGUACGAAUGAUUUAUUUUUAGAUUUUGAGUGGAGCUAGGAAUAUAUCAGUUUUACAAUAUUUUUUUUUCUUCUAUGGACAACUUUUCCUCCAGAAAUUUUGCUACAAUAUUAACCGAACUCCGCUAAGAAUCGUUUUUCGUUAGCAAUAGUUAAUUGUUGCGUAUGUACAGAUAUACAUUAAAUGUCUCCUCUACUACCAUCCUAACUUCUCACCUAAAACCCACGCGUGAAGUAUAUCCUUAAUAUAAUAUACAUAAUUAAUAAAUCCUUUUUUUCAUAGAUCUCUUGAUAUAAAAUAUGUUUAUACGAGUAAAGUAGGACAUAGGUGUACAAUAUAAUAUAAUAUAAUAAUACAAUUAUUAUAAUGUAGAAACGACAAUUAUUGCACGCGAUUUUAUGCCGUGGGCACAAUUAUUUUAUAAUUGGACCUACCUACAUCGGACCCUUAUAGGUAUUAACUACUGUACCUACAAUAUUUUCUUUUCGGUUGAUCGGUAAACCGAAACGUAGUAAACAUACGCGCGUAUUGUCUUCAUAUGCGACACAUGCAAAUCAUGCAAUAUUGGUCUUAAGCAAUAGAUUGGCCGACCGUUUUUUUUUUCGCCAACCUCACAUAGAAAUAAACGUAAGAUAUUCGUGUCUGGAUUGCAAAAUUCACUGUGCCUUGUGUAUAGGUGCACACAAGGCUGGGCACUAACUUAUUAGAAACUAAAGGUUACUUGUAUCGGUAACUUUCAACUUGACUUAGUAGGUAGGUAACUUAACUAGUUUAUAUUAGUUAAUAUUAACAUGAUAAAAUUUUAUCAACGAAUAAUUACCUGCCUUAAUGACAUUAGAUUAAAAAAAAAUCAAAGUUGCUUAUAAAAAUUUAUAGGUAUUUUAGAUUCUGAGCAAAGCGAGGAAUGUAUUGGUUUUGUACUGAUGUUUAUUUUUUAUUUUAAUUUUAUCUGUGAAUAACUUUUCUACCAGAUAUUUUGCUCCAAUUUUCACGUGUAACACUUUUUCUGAAAAAAUCUGAUUAAGGUGGUACUUUAAGGAGGAAUUUUUUUGAUUUUUUCCAGUACACUCAGAAUCGUUUUUCGUUAGCAAAGAUUAAUCUUUACGUACAAAUAUUCAUUAAAUUUCACUUCCUACUUACAAGAAUAGUCCACCUACGUGUGAACUAUGUCGGUUCUUUUUUUUUUUAAUUGACAACGUAUCCGUACUAUAUUAUAUAUUUUAUUAAGCAACCGUAAUUGCACUUUUUCCCUAAAAUAAGCGGUCGAACUACACUUAGGUUUAAAACAGGUAACCGCAAUUUUUUAUUACCAGUUCAAUUACCAUUUUAAAAAUAUAUUUUCGAAUUAAUCUACUAUCUGAUACCCAUUUAAGGAGAAAAGUUCAUUUUUACUGACGAAAAUGAGUGCGAGAAUUUUACGAUCAUAAAAACCAAUAUUUGGUUUAAAAUUAUUUGUUAAAUACCUUUGAUUAAAGCGUGGGUUCAAAACUUACUGAUGCCAUUUUAGCAUCUUAAUAGGUAAUUCUAUCACUUAGAUUUGGAUUUAUUGCAGGAUUUAAUGCGUGUUUUUUUUUUUUUUUUAAACAUUUUUCUUCUAUCUCAUAGAUUAACUUUUCAAAAAAUAAUUUGCUCCGAUGUUUCGAGUAUAGUACCUUUUUUGAAAGACUAGUUUAUCUAUAGAUAAAUUAUAGUUGAUGCACUAGAGAUACUAUUAUUUGAUUUUCCAAAGGGUUUUCAUAAUAAUCGGGAAAACCCAAAAAAGUACAAAAUGAUUAACAAAUGAAUUGACGACGUACGAUUUAAUUAUUUUGAAUUUUUACGCACGAUGUUUACUACCGGACAUAUGACAACAGUAGAAAAACGACAAGUGAUCUUUUUUAUUUAGUUGAUGAAUAUGAAAGUCGUUUAUUGAUUUUCUUUGUAGUUUUUUUAAUCAUUGAGCAAACACCAAAAAAAAAAAAAAAAACAGGAAAAUCUACGAAAAACAAUUCCUUUAAUAUUUUAUUAUAUUUUUUUUUUUCGGUGGACAGUUUUUUUACCGUCAAUUUUGUUCCGAUUUACAUUGAUAGCAGUUUUAUUAAAAGUAAAUAUGACUGCGGAGGCAUUUAAGAGAGGUCAUUUUUCGAUUUCCCUAGUUUUUAGAACAAUUAUGAAAAACCGGGAAAAUCGGUUACUUAUAAAUUAUAAUUAAGUACAUAUAAAUGUAGAUUUUUAUAAUAAUACAUUUUAUAAGUAACUUAAUAUAUUUAAUAAUAUAUAAAUGUUACUUAGUCAUGUGAUACAAUAGGUAGGUAGGUUAAUAUUUAGGUCAUCAGUGAAUUUCGAAUAGGGUCAUAUUAUACAAUAGACCAAACUUUUUACAUUGAAAUUCUGCAAAUAAUCAUGAAUUCCUAUUAUACCUAUUUGUAUAUAAUUAUUUUAAAAUUCGAAAAGCGAAAAACGUCCUUAGUUUCAGUUAUGCACCAUAAAGGAUUAAAAUAAUAAUCCGAGUUUUGGACAUUCAUUUAACAUAAUAUUAUCUAGAUAUUCACCUAUUUACAUGAAAGGCAGAUAAUGUUUGAUUUGUUUUUUUUUUGUCUGAGGUCAGAUUUAAGUAACCGUGAUAAAUAAAAUAUCAGUCUCAUAAAAAACUAACAGCUUCCAUUUAAAAAAUAUACAUUUUCCAUUGAAUUCCUACGAGAUAUUUUAUUAAAUUAUUACGGACCAUUAGGAAUAAAUGUACGUACAUUUAAUAUGCUACCUGUAUGCUGUGUCUAAUGUGCGGAACAUUAAUCAAACGUCUAUAUAGUAUUUGUAUAGGUACCUAGUUGUCUUAAUCUAAUAAAAUAUUUAUAUACAGGCAUGGUUUAAUUGUUGCAAUUCAGACAAAAUAUUGUGAUUAACCAUUAGUUUAUUUAAAUUAAUAUUAUAGAUUUUUUUACAAUCUUAUUGGGCUUGGAAGUUAUAGGAGUAGCAUAUUUUUCUGUAUGCACUGGAUUUAUAGCAGACCAAUCUAGUAAUUCUUUCUAUACAAUGGGCAGUUCAAAAAUCGAUUAUUAAAAAUGCAUAUUUUAUUAAUUUUAGAGCUAAAUUGCAUAUUUAUCAAUUUUCAUUUAUGUUCACAUUGUUUUUACACAUUUUAUGUUUUACAAAUACACUCUAAUAAAAUCAACUGAUAUUUAACUUCACAAAUACUGAAAAAUAGUUUUUCAGUUCAAUAAAAUAUCAUAAGUGCCAACUAGUUUCGUGUAAUAUUUUAUUUAUCUAUAAUAUAGUUUAGUUAAUACUUUUUUUGAGCAUAUUAAUAUUAUGUUUUUGAUUAUUUAACAUUUUUUAAAUGCAUAUUUUGCCUUUUUAGCUCCUAUAACUUCCAAACCUUGGUAAUGUGUAUAGUUAAAAGUAGAUUAUUUAUAGUUUACUAAGGAUUUAUAAAGUUAUGCUUAUCAGAUAUCUAUUGAUUUAGAUAAUGGGAAACUACAGAUAAUGUUCAAUUAUUACUAAACAUAGUAUAAUAAUUCUGUAAAAUUUAAAUAAUAAUAUAGAUGUUGAAUCAAUCAUAAAUUAGAUUUAAUUUUCUACUGGUCACUAGGGGGGUAAAUCUCUUAGCACAAAUAUAUGUAGUGAACAAUUUUUCAAGAUAACACACACCUGCCAGAUAUUUUGUAUAGUCAUUUACAUAAAUUUAUCAGUGAAUCAAUACUUGUUAGAUGGAAUCAGUGAUCAGAAAGUAGAUUUUGUUAUUUACUUAUUCACUUUUUGUUGUGAAGAAUUUAUUAACUACAUAUUGAAAAGCUAUUAGAUUAAUCUAGAACCAAGUUAAUACAAUUUAACUUGUUUUAUUGAUAGAAUUAGAAAUUUAGGUGGGUUAUGUUAAUUAUGUUGUACUAUCUAUUGAACAUUUAUCUAAUUAUCCAAGAUAGUAAUUAAUGCAAGAUGAAUAACAUUACUUUAAAAAUACUAAGUGUUGUUUUGAAAUUACAAAAAUCGAGGAUAAAUACUUGUUAAUAAAUAAGAAAUAAUUUGCGUAUGGUCUAAUGUUUGUACAGCAGAGCAGAAGUUUAAAAGAAGGUUAAUAAAAACGUAUUUAUUUUUCAGUUUAUGAAAUCCAACGAAAGUAUGUGGAGCAUAAUUUCGUAGUAUCAAAACCAUUUGUUUAUUUUGUGAUUGACCUGCAUACCAAAGUCAGUCUUAUUGCUGGAGUUAUAACUGAUCCAUUAGCAUCGCCGAUUUGGAUUUGA